GUUUUAAUCCAUGGUUGUUUGAUGACAAUGGAGAAUGAGAACCCCAAUUUUCCACACUUUCGGUUGUUGUUUCUUUUGGUCAUAAAGAAAAGAACAAACACACAACAUGCAUAAUAUCCUAAGUCACAGUCCCAUUAAAAGCAGAUUCUUUCUGUUGUGAUCCACCCGCACAAUACCCUUUUUCCCUUUAUUCUUAUUCCAUUUCCUCAACAAUAUCUCAAUCACGAAGAGAGGUUUUUGAGAGAGAGAAACAAAAGAGAGGUUUUUGACUAUGGCUACAGCAGAGAGUCUUGUGGAAUCCACCAUGAAGAGGCAAAGAGAUGGUGAAGAGAAUAAUGGGGUUUCUGUUGUUCAAACUGUUUCUGGUGAUAAUAAGGACCCAAAUGGUAAUGGUGUUUCAUCUGUCAUUCCUGGCUGGUUUUCUGAAAUUAGCCCAAUGUGGCCUGGAGAAGCUCACUCCUUGAAGAUAGAAAAGAUUUUGUUUCAAGGAACGUCUGAUUACCAGAAAGUCAUGGUCUUCCAGUCAUCAACGUAUGGCAAGGUUCUUGUUUUGGACGGUGUUAUUCAGCUCACAGAAAGGGACGAAUGUGCCUACCAAGAAAUGAUCACUCAUCUUCCUCUUUGCUCUAUACCAAACCCUAAAAAGGUUUUGGUUAUUGGUGGAGGUGAUGGAGGAGUCCUGCGGGAAGUAGCACGUCAUUCUUCAAUUGAAAAGAUAGACAUUUGUGAAAUUGACAAUAUGGUUGUUGAAGUCUCGAAACAAUUUUUCCCUGAAGUUGCAGUAGGGUUUAAUGAUCCACGUGUGACACUUCGCAUUGGUGAUGGAGUUGCAUUUUUGAAGGCAGCUCAAGAAGGAACUUAUGAUGCAGUUAUAGUGGAUUCAUCUGACCCUAUUGGUCCUGCUCAAGAGCUUUUUGAAAAGCCCUUCUUUCAGUCAGUGGCUAGGGCUCUUCGUCCCGGAGGAAUUAUGUGCACUCAAGCAGAAAGUAUAUGGCUUCAUAUGGAUAUAAUUGAGGACAUUGUGUCCAAUUGUCGUCUGAUUUUCAAAGGCUCUGUCAACUAUGCUUGGACUACAGUUCCUACAUACCCAAGUGGGAUGAUUGGUUUUAUGCUUUGCUCGACCGAGGGACCUCUUGUUGAUUUCAAGCAUCCAGUGAAUCCCAUAGAUGAAAAAGAGUGUCAGAAGUCAGUAAGACCACUAAAAUUUUACAACUCUGAGAUUCAUACAGCAGCUUUCUGUUUGCCAUCUUUUGCGAAAAGGAAGAUUGGUUCCAAAGAAAAUUGAGAAGAUUCUCAAGAGCUCAAAGGAGCUCAUGUGGCUAUUGAAGUCCGGCAUUCAUCUUUAUUGGAUUGGUUAUCUAUCAAUGGACCAUGGAAUAAGUCAGUGCUUAAAUUUGACAUUGAAGAGUAAUUGUUUAUUUCAGGAGAUGUGUUGUAGGUGAUAAUGACAUAGUUGAUGGCGAAUUCAUUUAUCAAUAAUUUUCCUCGAAAACAUGAUGCCUAUGUUGAACUACUGGUAGAUAAAAAAUUUGUUUGAUGUGAAAAUAGUUGUUCUUUAUCUGUUUCAUCUGUUUUGAAACUGAAAUGGAUUCUUAGUCUCUAUGA